UGUGCAAGAAAAUUGGAAGUUCGUGGAAUAUGGCAGGUAAUCAGCAAGGCACCCUGCACACGAGGGGUGGCCUUUCGGUUGGAAGACCAGGACCCAGGAAUCAGGUGGCCGUCAUGCUGCCCUGGCUGCUGCUGGCCUGCGCCCUGCCAUGUGCCGCCGACCCGCUGCUGGCCGCCUCCGCCCGCGGGGACCCCCACGAGGGCGCCCCUCAGCUCGUCUGCAGCCUGCCCGGCCCUCAGGGGCCCCCCGGACCCCCGGGAGCGCCGGGACCCUCGGGGACCGUGGGAAGAAUGGGCUUCCCCGGCCAGGACGGCCAGGACGGCCCCGACGGGGACCCCGGGGACAGCGGAGAGGAAGGUCCACCUGGUCGGACAGGUAACCGGGGGAAGCCAGGACCAAAAGGCAAAGCCGGGGCCAUUGGGCGGGCCGGCCCUCGAGGCCCCAAGGGGGUCAGAGGUGCCCCAGGCAAACACGGCACUCCUGGCAAGAAAGGACCCAAGGGGAUCAAGGGGGACGCAGGCCUCCCAGGUCCCUGCAGCUGUGGCAGUGGCCGAGCCAAGUCGGCUUUCUCAGUGGCAGUGACCAAGAGCUACCCACGGGAACGGCUGCCCAUCAAGUUUGACAAAAUCCUGAUGAAUGAAGGUGGCCACUACAACACAUCCAGUGGCAAGUUUGUCUGUAGUGUGCCGGGAAUCUACUAUUUCACGUAUGACAUCACUCUGGCCAAUAAGCACCUGGCCAUUGGCCUUGUACACAAUGGCCAGUAUCGCAUCAGGACCUUUGACGCCAACACAGGCAACCAUGAUGUGGCCUCAGGCUCCACCAUCCUGGCCCUCAAACAGGGGGAUGAGGUGUGGCUGCAGAUCUUCUACUCAGAACAAAAUGGGCUCUUCUACGAUCCUUACUGGACUGACAGCCUCUUCACCGGCUUCCUCAUUUAUGCUGACCAGGAGGACCCCAAUGAGGUGUAGAUGAACAGACGGUGCCAUGCCUCCCGGAGGGAAAAAAUUUGUGGCCUGGUGCUUGCAGAGCAAAACCCCACAAUUCACUGUGGGACUGGGAGCAGGAACUUUGAGAUUCAAGCCAAUUCCCUCUGCCUCUUUUUAUU